GCCAGCCAGGAGUAUGACGCAGGCAGCCCCGGGCCCGCGUGUAUCCAGCCGUCAGGAGUGGACAUCGGGAGCCCACAGAGCGAGGACUGUCUCUUCCUCAACAUCUUCCUCCCGGCAAACGACACCCAGUGGACAACACCAAAGAAAGUCUUGGUCUACAUACACGGCGGCGCGCUCAUCAUGGGAGCUGCCAACGAGAACAUCCCCGGCUCCCUGGUCACGAAGGAGGACAUCAUAGUCGUCACCAUCAACUACCGCCUGGCGUGGCUCGGCUGUCUAAAGGGGAACAACAGCGGCCUGGCGGGAAACCAGGGGUUCAAGGACCAGGUUAUGGCCCUUCGCUGGGUCCACGACAACAUCGCGGCGUUCGGCGGUGACCCGUCUGACGUCACAGUGGCCGGCGAGUCGUCUGGGGCGGACAGUGUGUCGCUGCUGUGUGUUGUACCCGAGACUGCCUCGCUCUUCUCUCAGGGGAUCUUAAUGAGCGGUGGUCACUUCAUCAGCCAGUCCACCCCAGGCUCAUCAGACAUCCUUGUGAACCAGCUGCUCAUGCUCCUCCCCGAGUGCUGGCCUGCGGAAAUUCCCGAAUCCAAAAGAACAAUGGAGAGGACGCUCUCGGAAGCAGAGAUUGAUGCGGUCUUGACCUGCCUGAGGUCACUUCCGGAGGACAAGUUCAAAUUGGCAGCGGGAACCGUGUAUUAUGGGCAACAGGUUGCGAUUGACGGCGAGUAUUUCGAGGCAGCUAUCCCAGAGAUGGUCCGGGACGAAGAGCUCUUGAAGAGAACCAAGUUUUUAAACAAAAAUUUUCUCGUCUCACUUACCAACAACGAGGGAGCCUUGUUUUCUCAUGGAAUCUUUGCAUACUUCAAACAUGAACCGGGUGUGGGGCUGGGCCAGGUGGAGGCGGUAAAAAUGCUGGGCCUCAGCCCCGCCCUGUACGACCGCAUCCUGCGCUGGUACACCGACACAGGGGACUACAACUUCAACCCCGUCUACUCCAUGUUCUCAGACUCCGUCUUCACCAAGGAGGCCUUUGCCUUUCUGCAGGCACACAACAGGUUCCCUUCAGGGAACGGAACCUCUCGAUUUUUGAUGUUUAACCAUAAUGUGACGUACCUGGAGCCCUACUACCAGGGCACUCCGCACGCCUUCGACAUCCCCUACCUGUUCGACAUGGGCCCGGACCACAUCCUCAACGCCUACUACGGGCUCCAGACGGGGAAGAACUUUACCCAGGAAGACGAGGAGUUGAAGAAAACCUACAUGAAGAUGAUCGGGGAUUUUGUCAGAACAGG